AAAUCCAAGAAGCGCAGCCCGAACUGCCGGGCCUUCUCUCGCCAAAAAUGUAAAAGAUACCCGUAGCACCUCCCCGGUGAGGCCUACCACGCGUUCCGGCAUUCCUAAAUUCCAAAUCCACGAGGAGAUCGAUGAUGCCAAGCAUUCAAAAUGACGACCAUUGCUCCGCGUGUUUGGGUCGUGGCCGCUUGCUUUGCUGCGAUUCAUGCCCGAGAGCUUUUCACUUUCAGUGUCUGGAGGAAGGUUUUGAGACCAUCACUGAUGUUGAGGUGGAUACUUGGGAUUGCCGAUCUUGUCGAGCGCGAAAGAUUCAAGCUGCAAGCAGCAGGAAGGGCAAACGGAAGGCAGCAUCCCCCGCCACACCCGGGCAAGCCGCAUCCGGUCUGUUCGACAGGCUUUUGGUGAACUUGGAGAGCCUGAACCCACGAGUAUUUGAGUUACCAGGCGAAAUCGUCAACGCAUUCGAAAAUGUAUAUAUGCACCCAGCAACCGGGGCGUAUAUCGAUACCCGGGAGAUCGAGAUCACCAGACCGAAGAGUCACAAAGCGGGGGCACGAAAAGGGAGUUCGGCCGCCGUUCUGGAGGGCAUAGACGUGGCGAAGCUGACGACCGAUCCGUCCGCCGUAACAUGCCACCAAUGCGGCAACUCUGGGUAUAAGUUACGUCCGACGGCGCUAUUGGCCUCUUACAGUAUACCACAGCCGGAGAAUUCGGCGGGUCGACCCCAAGCACUGCGAACGGAUCUGGUGAAGUGUGACUACUGCCCCCUUCAUUGGCAUCUGGACUGCCUGACGCCGCCAUUGACCUGCAUACCACCCGAACUGAAGGAAGAAGAAAAGGAGGUCGUCGAUGCUGGGAUGUGGCACGCGUUGCGACUGCGUACCUGGGGCGCGGAUGACCGAGGGGAGCGAACGGAUGCGAACGGUGAGGCAGAGACCGGGGUGGUCCAUCUCCGACGGAAGUGGAUGUGUCCGUGUCAUGCUGACUGGUCGAUGCCGAAGCAACGCGUUUUUGCCCGACGACCCUGGGUGGAGAUCAAUGCUGAGAAGCCUGUCGACAAGGAGACGAACCCAAUACCCUCGGAGCCAAUUCUGUUUGUUAGCCAGAAAAGUGUUGGUCCAACAACGACUUCGAAAAUGGAUGCUGCUAGCAAGGAUCUGAGGAUCGAUGCCACCCAAAGCAAACGGCGGCCCAUCGACUCCGUCGAAGGCGGCACGCCCACCAGCGCCUCAAAGAAAGCACGCACGAGUGCUGGGGACGUACAUGGUCGCAAGGAAGUCGUGCUCCCCAAGCCAAAAUCUCCAACAGUUAGCGAGCCUCUCCCACCACCCAUUCAGACCACCGAAAGCGCAAACAACGGCAACAUCGAAGUCGUGAACGACUCAGAUACCACAACCUACUAUUCAGCGAAAUCCUCCGCCUCUAGAAAGCCUUCAUUGAAGAAAUCGCCGAUGGAGGAGCUCGAGAUUGGGGGGGUCAAGUACAAGCUCCCUGAGCGUCGCAUCAAACUGGAUUUCCUGGAUCGAGUGCGGACCCUCGCUGAGCUGCGGGCGCUUGAGAAGGCGGAGACGGGUGGAUCCAGCAGCAGCGAUGGAAAGGACGCGGAGAAGGAUCAGCGGGUCCCGUCGCAGUUUAGCCAUGUUGGCGCGACAUUCCGCAGCUGUGUCAACGAGCUGUAUGAGGCUGGGGAGCGCGGCGUUGAUACGGGUUGCGGGCCGCUUCCUUAUGCAGCUAGUGCGUUUGUGGAUGGUGCUGCGCUGAGGCAUGCUGGGAGUGUUAGGGCGACGGAUAAAGAAGCGAUUGAGUGGCUGGAAUCCGUAACCAAAAUGCAAUCCGAGUUGGCCUACCUUCUGCAAAUGCGCAUGGCAGCCAAUGCCUAUAUACAAUCUGGUCUUCCCGGCACUGCUGGGCCUUCCACGAACGCAACCAGCAACGACGAAAGGCCGGCGUCAGUCCCACAACCGGGCGGACAACAGAAAGAUCCUGCUCCCGAUGUCCCUCCCGCGGUAAAGGUGGCAGCGGUCAGCAAAACCGAUACCCCUCCCAUCGUAGCGGUGCCCGAUGAUAUUGAGAUUGCCGAUACCGACUCCACGAUACCCCCUCGCAUCACCAAGACCGCCGCACCGCAACAAACCGAACCGUCUGAAAGCAAAGAUGACGUAGUCGUCCUCGACAAGCGAGACCCAGAAUGGCUUGCGUUCUGCGCUUGGAAGGCACGGCAAAACACAACCGUGGCGGCAACGUCAUCACCGCAACACGUUCACCAGAACGAAGAGUCGGCGGAAACACAGUUUGGAGUUACCUUACCGAUACAUGGAGCAUAGCGAGCGUUGAUUGGGAGAGCUCAUGGAAUGCAAGGGCGCAGAUGACAGGAGAUUUUGGCCUUUUGCCUCGGAGGACGGGGAUGCGGGAGUGGUCCUAUAUAUGCCUUUAAUGUUGGACAAUUAUGCUAUCGUGCGGGCGCGCUUGGUAUCUGGGGAGGAGGGUAUUUUGUCGCGCGGUGCUAGCUUGUU